GUGUUGUUGUCAUACAAUUUGAAUGCAUUUCAAAUGGCAUUUAAAAAUUACUGCAUUUUUUGAAUGCAUUUAUAAUCGCUUUUUUGAUUUGAAAAAUAAGUUUUUGAUUCAUUUGUUUCUCUGUCUCUCCAACUCUUCCCACAACUCAUCCAUCAUUUCACUCAUGAGUUGAUAUCAAUUGACACCAUCUCUGGCAACACAUCAACCCUUUCUUUCUGACACAACAAACGAGUGUUUGAUUUGUUUAAACUUUAAACCAAACGAUUUGAGUGUUGAGAAGCGCUGAAGAGGUUGUGGUGAUCGCGAUGUCAGACGCGGAUCUCUCGGACACUUCAUCCGAAGUUGUCCUCUAUAUCUACGACAUGUCUAAAGGGAUGGCCAAAGCGUUUUCGGCGAUGUUUUUGGGCAAAGAGCUUCCGGGCAUUUGGCACACGAGUGUCAUCGCCUACGACAGGGAGUACUUCUUCGGCGCCGCUGGCAUUGAAAGCUGUAAUACGGGCGGCACAACACUCGGAGAACCGGAUCAGAUCUACCCGUUGGGCAAAUGCCAGUUACCCUACAGUCUCUUCUUGGAGUAUCUGUUCUCUAUGGGUGACUCGACCUUUGCUCCCGGCACUUAUAACCUGUUUGAACACAAUUGCAAUAACUUUAGUAAUGAAUUAUCACUAUUCCUCACCGGAAGGCCUAUUCCUCAAGAAAUCAUUGAUUUACCACAAGAGGUGCUCAAUACG